AAUAAAUACACUUGAGACUCGCACAAAAGUAUGUGUCACAGAGCCGUUAAACAUCAGUAUAAAAGCAUUCCCUUAUGUAUCAUAGAACAGUCUUAAAAAAGGUUCGUCGGAUUCAAGAACAAACGACACCAUGAACACCAUUGCCUGCUUGAUUGCUGUCGCCAUUGUUACGAUGGUGAUGGCGGAGGAUUGCCCAACCAACAACGUAAAUGCAGAAUGCACCCAUAUGACUUGUGCAGACGGUUUCCACAAGGAAUGCAUUAACAGUAUUUGCACGUGCUCAACCAACUCAGGAUGCGUGCUACAGACCGACUGCCGUGACACCGCGGAUCGAACCUGCAACAAAAAAUGGCACUGCGUAGACAACAGGUGUCGCUGCUUCUGAACAACCACAGGAUUCUCGUUCAUAGUAUAAUGUGAUCUUCUGUAAUCGAUAAUGACUUAAAAAAAGUACCAGGGCUAUAAAGUUUCAAGAUUU